UAAGCCUUUGGUUCUGAUGAGAACUGUUUGGCGAGUCGGUCGGGAUCUAGAAUGAAGACCCAGCUAGCUCUUCAGACCAUAGGUCCUGUAUUGACGAUGGACGUAUCCCGAACAAGGAUCAUGGGAAAUCAUGACUGAUUUUUAACUCUCUUUUCCCUUUAUGGCAGUCUGAGUACACUAACUAACACUAACAUUUUCUCUUUACUUUGUCUUGAACUUUUGGGGAGAGAAGAAUCACAAGAUCUGGUUUAGUUUAAGCGUUGCAUUAGAAUAUCUCUUUUUGAAAAAGCUUAAGAGUUUGGGAAAGAUACAACUAGGAUUUCUAAUCACUUAUUGAAAGGAAAAAUUAAAAAAAAAAAGUACAACUGCUGAUACAAUCUGGAAACAAUGCUUUGGUCCCCUCUAAGAGUGGAGCAUUUCUAAAAUCUGGAAAGUUCCCAAUUGCGAACAUUCCCAGAAGGAGCUCUUAAUGGACUGUGUGUCUUUGAGAACUUUAGGUGGCUUAGGCGUUCAAAGAGGAGACAAGCAGCUAUGUGCUUCACUUUAUUAUUGCCACUAUACUUAGAGUUAAUGCAUGUACUCUGCAUACUGAGAGAGAGAGAGAGAUUGGAAGGGGGGAUUUGGAAUAAUGGGAUAAUAUCUAUAUAUUUCACUACCAUAACUAAUUUACUUAUACUCAAAUAUUACAUUUUAUGCAAACAAUGAAAUGAUUAUUUGAGACAGGAUUUAUUUUUUUAAUAUAUCUGUUUUGGCAGAUAUAAUAAAAUGGGCUUUCCAGCCAUUCUUCUCUCCUCUUCAUUAUGCCUGUUUGCGCUUGUCAUCUUCUGCUUAGUGUAAAUUUAAAUGGAUACAAUUACAAGAUCUCCAACUAAAGACAUGGAUCCUGAAGAGAAGGAAAUUGUGGUUUGGGUUUGCCAGGACGAGAAGAUUGUCUGCGGAUUAACUAAACGCACCACCUCCAUCGAUGUUAUCCAGGCUCUACUUGAGGAACACGAAGCCACAUUUGGAGAAAAGCGAUUUCUGUUGGGCAAGGCCAGUGACUACUGCAUCGUAGAAAAGUGGAGGGGCUCAGAGCGAGCCCUUCCUCCUCUGACCAGGAUCCUUAAGCUGUGGAAGGCUUGGGGAGAUGAACAGCCCAACAUGCAGUUUGUUUUGGUUAAAACGGAUGCCUUCCUCCCAGUUCCACUGUGGCGGACCGCUGAAACCAAACUAGUGCAAAAUAAUGAAAAACCUUGGGAGCUCAGCCCAGCGAAUUACAUGAAAACAUUACCACCAGAUAAACAAAAACGAAUCGUCAGGAAAACCUUCCGGAAACUGGCCAAAAUUAGGCAGGACACAAGUUCCCAUGAUCGAGACAAUAUGGAGUGUUUAGUUCAUUUGAUUAUUUCUCAGGACCACACGAUUCACCAGCAAGUGCAGAGAAUGAAAGAGUUAGAUAUGGAAAUUGAAAAAUGUGAAGCUAAGAUCCACUUGGACCGAGUAGGGAAUGAUGGGGCUAAUUACGUUCACGAGGCCUAUUUAAUGCCUAGGUUAAGUGAUGAAGAGCAGAAGUUAGACAUUCAAGCUGAGAUCAACCAGACUCUAGAGGACCUGAACGACAGUGAGGGGAUGGCGCAGCUGGAGGAACAGCUGCAAUACUACAGAGCCCUCAUCGAUAAGCUCUCUGCUGAGAUCGAGAGAGAGGUGAAGGGCGCAGGCAUUGAUGGGAUUGAAGACAUGGAGGGGGCAGCUGCCUGUGAGCUGGAAAACUCGGAUUUGGAAAGCGUUAAGUGCGAUUUGGAGACAAGUAUGAAAGCUGGUUUGACAAUCCACUCUCACUUGAGUGGCAUCCAGAGAGAGAUUAAAUACAGUGACUCACUGCUUCAGAUGAAAGCAAGGGAGUACGAACUCCUAGCCAAGGAGUUCAGCUCACUUCACAUUAGCAACAAAGAUGGAUGUCAGGGAAAAGAAAACAGAGGAAAGGAAGCUGAGGCUCCCAGCAGCAAUGGGGAGACCCCUCCAUUAACUCAAAGGGUGUUUAACAUAUAUACAAAUGACACGGAUUCAGACACUGGCAUCAGUUCAAACCACAGUCAGGACUCUGAAACGACUCUGGGAGAUGUGCUCCUGCUGGCAACUUAACUUCAAUGGCUUCUUUCUGACCUUUAAUGAUGUUUUGGGUGGUUUAUCAACGAUUCUAUUCCGUAUAUAACAUUGUCAAAAUGUAAACCAUGAUAAAGUAUUCAAUAGUUAAUAAAAACUAGUGGCCACCACUGCUUGUUUUCAAUAUAGUAUUACCAACUUUAUGAUAGGUUCAAGCGAAAGUGUAUUAAGAAUGCAGUAAAUCUAGCUUAUGGUUACAUAAAGCAGACACAAUCUAAUGAGGAUUGAUGAUUCCCCCCACAGCUUCUAUGAGGCAUGAAUGAUAGGAACGUAAAAUUAGUUCUCAACGUUUGUUCAUCAAAAUAUUCAUACUGCAAGCAUGAAGCAAGAUCAACAUGUUUCUCAGUUUUGACAUUUUAUCGUUAGAAUAUCUAAGUCUGUAAAGUGCAGGGAUGUUCCUAUGUCAUAUACAUCAUAUGUGGAUUAAUUCAAAUCUUUGUUGUUGUUGUUUUUAAUAAUCAGACUGCAAAAUGUACUUACUGCGUGAGUCUCUUCCUGACUGCUGUCUGUUUAAAUGUAGAGACAGGAAGCUGUUGGGACAUGUAUAAUUCCUGACAGUGGAUUGCUUUGGAUGCAGAUGAGGCAAAGCCAAGUGCUAUACACAAUCAGUUUUUUUUUUUUUUUUUUCCUGAGCAAUUCUACCAGGAUCAUGAACUAUGCACAUGCUCACUAGUUCCUCUAAUCAAACCAAGGCUGGUUGCAAGUCCAUUAUUUUGGGAGUCAUAGUGUAGGCUACAAAAGAAAUCAGUCAAAGGUUUAUUUAUGUCUUGUCUGUAUAAGUAUUGAAGUGGAAUGUAUGGCUGCUUGUAUGGACAUAUUAGUAUUCUCUUCUCGGGGAAUAUGCAGAGGAGAACUGAAUAUUUAUUCUCAUAUACUGUAACCCAUCAGUCAGAGGGAUUCCCAGGUACUUAAAUAACCAAGUACUUUUAAGCUGCCCCAAGCAUGUUAAGGGAAACUCAAGAAGCUUUGUGGAUUGUUUGGAGUCUGUCUUCACUGACAAUUAUCAUGUUUUUGUUUUGACUCUGGUAGACAUUUCCUCUCUCUCCUCUCUUCUUUCCCCCUCCUAUUUGCCAACUCGUCCUCCCUUCCUCCAAGUAAGACAGACCAGGAUGUCUUGACAACCAAAAACAUUCAUUUCAUCGUUUUGUUGUUAACUGAAUAUUGGUAUGCUCUAAAUUUUCUUUGGUUGGCACAUUUCACACAUGUCAGGAUACAAGAAGUAGAAAUGUUGUUUGAUGUACGGAUACUAUGUAGACACUAGCUAUUACUCCUAGGACAUUUCUUUUUUAUACAAAUUGUUACAGCACUUAACUUCUCUUCCUUUUAAAGCUUACAUGUUUUAAGAUGUUUUUACCAGCUUUAUUCCAGAUGCAAUGUCGUUAAUGGCUCUUUCCAACUCUUUUUUUUUCUUCUUCUCUUCUUCCCUUACCUUCUUCAUAUAUCUUUGGGAAGACACACCUGUAUUUCUAUAGCAUUGAAUGUCUGGAAAGUACCCAUGUGACCACUUUUUUAAAAACCACAAUAUUUGAAGGCCAUACAAUAAGAAUUUAAAUUCCAUGGAAAUACUGGGAUAGUCAGUAAACAGCCGGAUUCACAUAAAUCAUCCUUUGUUAAAGGAAAGCUCUCCUGAAUAAUAACCCAACAGAUCACUAAAGUGCAUGCUAAAUUGUCGACAAAUUUAUUGUUUCUCAAAGAGAUUAAAUUCAUAAGAUUAUCGUAAGUGAUAAGCCAUCUGUUACCUUGGUUUUUUUUAAAUGAAAGCUAUCUCUUUGAAUUAUAUGUUUAGUAAGAAAACAAGUACUGCAUAUCUUACUAUGCAACUUGAUCACUUUAUCUAGCUUCAUAAAGAGUAUGGUGACUUUAGGUGCAAUUCUGCAUUUUCCUGUAAAGAGUGUUAAAACUUCUGUAAGAAUGCAGUCUUCUUAAACUCAUUGUAGAGUUUACAUUUUUUCCAUAAUUAUUAAAAUGUAUCUGUGCCCUCGCUCAUUACAUUGAAACACAUGGCAAUUAGUUUCCAUGGUAGGCUCUAAUAUAGUUAAAUAUGAGCAUAUUUAUACACAUAGAGAUAAUGAGUGAUCUCAUGAAUACUACUCUAUUUAUUGUUAAAUUGAUGGUUAAGCUUAUAAAUACAGGACCUGCAGGUUUAAUGCUUUAAUUAUCUUCAGAAACUUAGUGAAUUACAAGCCCUUAAGUAGCCUGGCAGAUUAAUCAUGAAAUGGCCAUGUGCAGCUCGGAAAAGCCAGCUAUGGUUGACGAUGUUUGUUUUUUCCCAGGACUAGUUUCUGAGAGCAUGACUGGUGUCUGUGCAUAGUUCUGCUCUGGAGGCCCGUUUCCCUCUCCUCUUACUACGAGCUCACAUGCUGCCUACUUUCUUUCUUUCUUUUUGUUGUUUUUGUUUGUAGAUUUGUUUUGUUUUAGAAGACAGGCUUUACCUGUGUAGCCCUGGCUGUCUUGGAACCUCUCUGCCCGCAGAACUCUGCCUUCUGAUUACAGGUAUUAAAGGCCUGUGCCAACAUGCCCAGUAACUACAUCCAGCAUGCUUAAAAGUGCUCUUUUCUUUCAGACAACUGUGUUCCAUCCAGUUCUAAUCUUUUAUCUCUGAACAUACAAAUACCCUAGAUGAACUUCUCCUGAGCUUCUCUUGCACAGGAGGCUUCCUGCAUUUAUGUAUUCUGCUAACUCUACUCACUCAGUAGGGUUUUAUUUUACUGUGUUAUUAUCUGCCUUUCUAACUCGAUUGAUUACUACCAGCUUCGUAGCCCCUUGUUCUAUUUGUGAAUUGAAAUGUGGAACUGUAAAGGGUUUUAACAUAUUUUGUGAAAUUUGUUAUAUAUAUUUCACAAAAUAUGUUAAUAUAUAUAUAUAUAUAUGUGCAAUUUUUAGAUAACCAUGCAUAUCAUCAGGCCUAAAAAUAUUAGCAGGAAUUCUACUUGGAAAGUUAGGGAGCAAAUACUAGAUCUUUACAUUGCUAAAAAUUUUAUCAAUACGAUAUCAUUUUUAAUUAACCUUAAAAGGUGUACUUUAUUGGGGGCACUAUGUGUUAUUUCAGUACACACACACACACACAACACACACACACGCACACACACACACACUUUAUAUUACAUAAAAUUCAAGUCAGGAAAAGCAUUCUUACUUUUUUUCAAUUAACAGAGUCUCUGACUUGAAACAUCUCAAAUGCCUUUUUAUUUAAUGGCAACAUUAUUAUAUCUAAGCAUUGUGCAUAUGUAAGAAAAAGAUUUUGUAAUUUUGAGGUUGAAGUGGUAGAUACACAAGAUCUUUUAAAUAUCUAAAUUAAACAUCUGUACCACUUUUUUUCUUAAUUGAAAAGUUAUGUUUUAUUAGUACAUCAAAGCAUUUCUAACCCAUUAAAUUUUUAUUUUUGUAUUUAUUUAAACCUCCACCGUAUAUGACAAAAUAGGAAUCUGUGGCUACAUUUUAUAAAUUUUCAGACUCUAGUUAUUGUUCUAAUUAAAACAUAUUUUUCUAGUGACAGAAGAAUACAUUUUAACCCUGAGGUAGUUUUUACAAUAGCAUUGAACUAUUUCUUUUCAUGCUGCCUUACUGGUUUGAUAAACUUCAUGUGACAAAUAUAAAGUAUCAUUUCUUCAAGUUAUAACUGAUCCAGAAAAAUAAAAAAGAUUAUUGUA